GCAAUAUAAGGAAUGGCUAGGGCUUUUGGCACGCUACUAAUUGCUGGGCAAGGUCGCUAUUUGGCAGGUCUAUGGGAGAAGCAGCUGGAGAAAAGUUUGCCCUGGUGGCAAGAGGGAGUAAUGGAUAUUUUCUUGCCCAAAUCUCAGAAGUCCCGGCCACAGGAGUGGGUAGCACCCUCAUGGUCAUGGGCAUCGCAUCCGUGCAGGGAUCGGUUCACUUUGUCGCAAGAAAUGGGAGGAGCCGCCCCCUCAUAACUAUCGUUGGUGCCGAAAUCGCGUUAAAAUCACCUCAGAAUCCUUUUGGAAGAGUUAGUUCGGGAUCUCUGACAAUUUCAGGCCCAUCUUUGGCGACCAGAGCUGCAGGCAGUCAUGGUAGAGAUUUUAACGGGGAUAGAUGGCUCAAUUACAAGGACGAACGGGUUGGAU